AGCGAUUGAUGAUGAUUAUGCAACAACAACAACAGGAGAAUGAGGAUGAGCCAGAGGAGCCAAAAGUAGAACAGCAACAACAAGCAAGCAAUUUAAUGAAGGCGCGUAGACGCGCUGCCACCGAAAUGGCUGAACGUCUGCAAAGACAGCAAGAGGAUUUACAAAAGCAACAACGCGAGCAAAGCCAAAAGUCAGCGGCAGAACAGCAACAGCCGCAACCGGUAAGAUUUUGUCUACCGAUGCUGGAGUUACCUACAAUCAAAGUGGAGAACGUGCAACAGCAACUUAGCUAUUCAAUGGAUGAGGACGACGCCGAUACGGACGAGGAAGAGUUACGCAAUUUGGAGCAAAGGCAACAACAAAAGCAGCAGCAACAGCAGCAAAGCGGCGAGGAGAACACAUCAUCGCAAAUGAAAUCGCCAAUAAUGGCGCGUUUAAUGGAGCCAACCACGUCGAUACUAAAGACCUCAUUGCUGGCAGGCGCGGCAGCAACACUAGCGACGCUGACGGCAGCCGCGGAACAGGUAAAUCGCAAAGCUCAAUCACCACAGACGCAUGGCGGUAAGGUGGGCACGCGCGCGCUGACUGCAAAACAAACGCCAGCGGCGGAAAAUAGUCUGACAGAGAGUAAAAGACUGCAAACACAGCAACAACAACAACCACAAAACGUACAACAGCAAGAACAACGCGAACAGCCUAAGCCCGCAAUGCCUUAUAAGUCCAUACUGCAGACGGCGCUUAUGGGUGAGCGGCCGCCACAGUCGCAAACACCGCCAACGCCGACGACAGUUGGGCCAAAAUAUAUGCGCGCGUCCGGUUUACAAGCAGCGGCGCCACCACCACCGCACGUCUUAAAGACCGCAGUUACACUAGCGAGCCUCGGUGAAAUUGCGGCAGCGCGUCAACAGCAGGAGGAGGAAGAACGCCGCCUGCGCGAACAGCAGCAGCAGCAGCAGCAACAGCAACAGCAUUUAUUGUUACAACAAACACUGCCAUUGAAGAAGAAGAAGAGUUUUCUGCAACAAAAGUUAACAGCAACAUGCAACAUGCUGACAACAGCGGCAACGUUAUUGCAACAACAACAACAGCAACAAAAUACAAUUACUAUACUGCCAGUUGAAGCCAGCAACAACAGCCACACUGCCAACUCAGCUGCAAAUGCUGCUGUUGAGACCAACACAAAGUUCGUAUUAAAUAAUACAAGCGCAGGCGUAUUGCGCUGCGUUUCGAGCGCGACAGCAACAACAACCGCCACGACCACGCGCUCCACUGCCACUUUUGUUAACAACUUGCGACGCGGCGCAUGCGCCACAGAAAUUGCCUGCAACAACAGCAAUUCAAAAAACGCUGCCAGCGGUUGUCAAGCAAUUGCCACACAAACCAUAAAAAUACCAACAGUGCGCACGGCGACGGUGACGACGCAAACGCAAACCGAUGAAAUGCACUCCGCCGCCGCUGCGGCAACAGCAGCAACAAGCGGCGCGCAGACACCGUUGCACGCUCUAGCCGCCAGCAGUCAUGUAAUCACGCGCAAACUUAGCACUGCUCUACAACAACAACAAGCAAUGGCGAGCGCUGCUAGCGGCAGCGCAGCGACAACAUUGCUCUCACUGCCAACGCAGCAGUCCAAUGUGGCGCGUCGCGCCUCACCACAACGCCAAACCACAUUAGUUACUGCCACCACAACGAAUGCGAACACGAUUAGUGCCGCACCGCCCACAUCUACUGCCACUGCCACAGCCACCGCUGCCCCGCCCUCCACAGCUGUUACUGUUGUUGUUUUUAAAACAUUGUUACCUGAUGACUGA